ACAGACGAGGACCACGGCAUCAAGACAAUGAAAGCAACCUUCCUGGCAGCUGUCAAGAAGCGCUUCAGUGACGUCGAGACCAACCCACUGUACUUCAUCUCCACCAUACUUGACCCAAGGUAUAAAGAUCGCUUCUUCUCCAACAACACUGCUCCGGAGGCCAAGCUGCACCUGAAGCAGGAGCUGCAGAUGAUGUCCAGAGCUGAGGCAGAGGGGAGUCGGGCAGAAGCUGCAGAACCUCCUGCUAAACUGUUCCUCAAGGCCCAGGCCAGCACUAGCAGCUGUCUGGACACUGUAUUUGAAGAAAUCGCUAAGGAGCAGCCCCAGACAGCACAGCCGCUGGCAGCAGGUGCUUCCAUUGAGCUCGACACAUAUCUCGGAGAGGCCCCAAGCCCUCGUGAAGACAGUCCUUUGAAGUACUGGGGUGUCAACAAAAUCAGGUUCCCCACUUUGGCUAAAAUGGCCCAUAAAUACCUCUCAGCCCCAUGUAGCAGUGUGGAAAGUGAAAGGCUUUUUAGCUCAGUGUCGCACAUUAUAGAUGAAAACAGAAACAGGCUGACUGCUGAUAAUGCAGAAAAGCUACUUUUCUUAAAAAAAACCCUGCCACUCACUUUUUCUAAAUAGGCUCCAUUAAGUGAGUCGUCUUAGACUUGAUGUUAAUACCUACCUCAGUUGCACUGACUGCCACAGUUCUAUGUUGGUGGAUGUUGUUAGUUUAUUCAAAUAUUGUGCACUAAAUAGCAAAGAUGUUUAUUA